UCAGCACUCCAACUCUGGGACACUGCCUGUAUAGAACCGAACACAGUUGUAAAGUCUAGUUACAGCAGGUGUUUACUGCCAUCUAGUGGAAGAUACCAAUAUAACACUUUAUUAUCAGGGUGGGGAGGCGGCUGAGCUGAAACAGAACACAUAGUUGUAAAAUCUAGUUACCGCAGGUGUUUACUGCCAUCUAGUGGAAGAUACCAAUAUAACACUUUAUUAUCAGGGAGGGGAGGUGGCUGAGCUGAAACAGAAAGUAAAGUUGUUCUUUUGUUCAGGAUCCAUUUUGAGACGACAGAGCAGAAAACACUACAUGGAGAUUAUUGAAAAAUAAAGGGUCAGUGCUCUAAAAUGAGUCGCUCUGGGAAGAGAGAGGCGGGACCUGCCUUUAAAAGGCGUCUCUCUGGGGAGAGAGAGGAGGGGGGACCUGCCUCUAAAAUGAGUCUCUCUGAGGAGAGAGAGGAGGGGGCCUCUGCCUCUAAAAUGUGUCUCUCUGGGGAACAUGACACCAAAGCUAAGAGCCCAAUCCAUCAGGAGAGACCAGACUCACCCAGCUGUCUGUCCAUGAAGAGUGACGGGUCUAUGGACCAUUUCUAUGAUUGUGAAGAUGGAGACUUUUCUGCAUUUACAGGACCAAUCAAGCAGGAGAGACCAGCCUCCCCUGUUCCCAGCUGUGUGUCCAUGAAGAGUGACUGGUCUAUGGAUCGUCCUAUAGAGUUUAGAGAGGGAGACUUUUCUACUGAACAAAGAAACCAACAGGAGAGAUCAGAGUCAGAGAUUCUCAGUGGUCAGUCUUCCCAGAGUCAUCAAACAGACCUGGCCUCCAUAUUCAGUUUGCUUGAAGAGAAUAUUAUUAGAUUUGUGAAGAACGAGAUGAAGAUGUUCAAGAGAAUUCUUAGUCCAGAACUCCCAGAAGGCUUUGAGAGUCAGAAGCAGGAUAAGGAAGUGGUGGAUGCUGAAGAUGAGAAGCAGGAGAGCAGUGCCAGAGAGGGGGCUCUGAAGAUCACACUGCACAUCCUGAGGAAAAUGAACCAGAAGGAGCUUGCUGACACACUGGAGAAAAGUAAGAGCUGUCUGCCUCAUGUUGAAUGCUGUUUUAUAACAUUUAAAAGCUGUAGCUAAAGUACAGCUAAAGUAGCUGUGUAACUAAAUGAUAUUGUAGCAGCCUUAACACAACAUCUAGUGACCUCAUCAAGUAGCAGCAGGGAUGUGUUGUGAUUAAUUUAGAGAGAGAGAGACAACAUAAAUUAUACCAUCAAUAAUACCAAUAAUAAUAUAAUCAGUCACACCAGUCUGUAAUGCACUAUGAAAACAUUUACACGUUUAUACAGUCAGAUAAUAUCCUCUUAUGGCUGCAUGGGCAGUAUUGAGUAGCUUGGAUGAAAGGUGCCCAGAGUAAACGGCCAGCUCCUCAGUCUCAGUUGCUAAUAUAUGCAUAUUAUUAUUAGUAUUGGAUGGAAAACACUCCGACGUUUCUAAAACUGUUUGAAUGAUGUCUGUGAGUAUAACAGAACUCAUAUGGCAGGCAAAAAACUGAGAAGGAAUCCAAACAGGAAGUGAGAAAUCUGAGGUUGGUAAAUUAGCAACCAUUGGGAUAUGAAUGAAUUUGCAUUUCCUAGGGCUUCCACUAGAUGUCAACCAUCUAUAGAAACUUGAAUGGGACUUCUACUGUGUUGUGGGACUGAAUAAGAGGGGAAUGAGUCAGCUUACUGGCAGAGAGCCAUUUCCUGGUCAUGCGCAUUCCACAUGAUAUCCACUUGCGUUCCGUUGCUCCUCAAGACACAUAGGAAUUCUCCGGAUGGAACCUUAUUGAAGAUGUAUGAUAAAAACAUCCUAAUGAUUGAUUCUGUACUUAGUUUGAAAUGUUUCUUCGACCUGUAAUAUAACUGACCUAUAAAUGACCUGAACGAGCGUUUGGAUAUGUAUACCAAACGCGCUAACAAAAGG